ACUAAAUUUUCAGGACUUCUUUUACGGGGACAAAAAUAAAGGAAAUCAUCCCCAAUGUAGUCUUGGCCUUAAUCGGGUAAUCGUCUUCUAGGGUUUUUCUUGGUCGUGCGCAGCACAUGACGAACUUUCCAAGCUCUAUCAAAUGAUCUCUCUCUGGCGUGGUAUUAUUAUAUACUGGAAAUGUUAUCGAUAUUGUUUUCCAUUCGAAGAAUCCCUUCACUUCGAAUCCUCAAAAUCCAAUCUUUCCGAACUCUAUUCUCACAAAUUCAACAUUUUCCUGACCCAAAACCUUCUGUAAAGUUCCCUCAACAUUCAAGAAUCAUACUCACCCCUACAAUUGUACAUACGACAAUAUCCAGUUGCCGUUCCGACAUUCUUGCUUUCUCUUUUUUCUUAUGGUGUGCAAAGCAACCCAAUUACUUUCACGAUAAGGCCACAUUCACUCAUGUGGUUAGUAUUGUGUCUCGGUUGACGUUGAAUUUUGGAACAGUGAAAAGGAUUAUUAAGGAAUUGGAGGAGGUUGGUUGUGUAAUAAAUCCACAAACUUUGUUGUUUUUGUUGAGGAUUUAUUGGUUUGGUGGAAUGUAUGAUAGAGUUUUCGAGGCAUUUGAGGAAAUGCUUAUGUAUGGCUAUACGCCAAAUACUUUUUCUAGGAACAUUGUAAUGGAUGUUUUGUUUAAGAUUGAGCGUGUUGAAGUAGCGCUUAGAGUUCUGAAAGAAAAUCAGGUUCCGAAUUUUUUAUCGUAUAGUAUUGCUGUGUGUAACUUGUGUAAGCUUAAUGAUUUGGUUAAUCUUCAGGAUGUACUUACGACUAUGUUGAGGAAAAGUUUUUAUCCUAAUGAGGAGACAUUUUUUGUGAUUUUGAAUUGUUAUUGUAAAGGAGGUUGUAUAGCAGAGGCAAAACAGGUAUUGGCGUUGAUGAUAGUUUUGGGUGUUACUAUAUGCCAAAGAGUUUGGAGUAUAUUAAUAGAUGUUCACUGUAAAGCUGGGAACAUGGAUGCUGCGAGUGAUUUACUUAAGAAGAUGGUAGAGAGUGGUUAUUCACCAAAUGUUGUAACUUGCACGUCAUUGAUCAAGGGAUUUUUUGAGUCUCGGAUGCCAAACAAGGCAUUUGGGAUCUUGGAUGCCAUGGAGUCAAAAGGAUGCUUCCCUGAUUUGGUUCUUUGUAAUGUGUUAAUAGACUGCCUCUCAAAAAUGGGGAGGUAUGAAGAUGCAAUUAAUGCUUACUUCCUUUUGCGGGAGCAAAGGCUAGUACCCGAUUCUUAUACUCUUUGUUCUUUGAUUACAACCGUUUGUCUCUCUAAGCAAUUCACUGAACUACCUCUGCUCAUAACUGGCUUCAAGAUCCAACCUGAUUUAGUUGCUUGUAACUCUUUCCUUAGCUAUUUCUGCAAAGCUGGUUAUCCUGCUGGUGCCGUUGAAUUUUACAAUGACAUGAUAGAUAGAGGUUUCAUAGCAGAUAAGUAUACCUUUGCUGGAUUAUUGACUGGAUUAUGCAGGUCUGGUAGGAUAGAAGAGGCAGUCAAGGUGCACAGAGGACUCGUUAGAAGUCACGUUGGGCUUGAUUCUCAUAUAAUUACUGUGAUAAUAAACGGGCUAAUAAAAUCUGGUAAAUUUCACAAAGCUAUUAGCUUGAUCAAGAAAGCCGCUUCGGAGAAGUCCCAAUUAGAUGAUGUUUCUUACACUAUUGCCAUUAGAGGACUUCUUACUGGUGGUGAAUUUGGAGAAGCUUAUGCCUUGUUCCGCCAAAUGAAAGAGGUCGGUCUAGCCCCAAGUAAACAGACCUAUAAUCUGAUUCUUUCAGGUUUCUGUAAAAGAAGUGAUGUUAGCAUGGUUGAAGAGAUCUUACUUGAAAUGGUUGAUGCUAGUGUUGAAGUUGACCAUUUUAGUCUGAGGUUUAUGAAAAAUCUCCUGUAUAGAUCCCGCCGUUCUGCUUCACUCUUUACUCUAUUAACUGAUGGUUCAACUUCUGGAAUCCUUCCAAGAGAAGCAUAUGCGGAAUUGUUCAAUGAGCUAGUUCAGCCAGUAAACACCAGAAAUGUGCACACAGACAGGUCUACGAACAUUGAUUUUAGCAUAUCCAGCUCAGAUGAAAUCCAGGAGUUGGCUGUUUCAGUUGGUUGAGAUGAUUUGAUUUGACAGCUUAUUUGGUCUAUAGCAAAGUUCUGUACUUGAGUUCCUCAAGAAUCCGAGCUUUCUCUCUCCAAAAACCUAUGAUGAUCAUAUGAUUUUAAAAAUGAACUGAUUGCCUAAAGGAGGAGGGUAUCGAACGACGGAAGAGUUGCCUGAACUGAUAAUACAGCAAAAGGAAUUCACUAGAUGUGGUUGGUUCGCAAUGCUGAGUGAUUUUUAAUUCUUGCUAGUGUUAUUUGCCAAAUGGUGUUGAAAAAGAUUUCGUGAAUGCUGGGGCUCGGCAGAUUGUUGUUGUUGCUCCCGUAGCUGGAGAUUGUGAGAAAGAUGGAGGAGAAGAGUAUCGAACCGCGGAAGAGUUGCCUGAACUGAUAAUACAGCAAAAGGAAUUCACAAGAGUGGUAUUUGUACUAUUACCGCCAUAAAACUUGAUGCAAAGAUUUUCUUCGGAGGUAGCGGUAUGGACUGUGUACAUCUUACCCUCCCUAGACCCCACUUUGUGGGAACACACUGGGUUUGUUGUUGUUGUUGUAUAGCAAACUCUAAUUGUUUCGUCCACUGUUAUUGUUAGGACAAUGGGAUUUUUCAUAACUUAGCUGUUACAUGCAAAAAUUAAGAUAAAUAUCUACUUUGUACUGUAGUAUUGGGAACUUCUUUAUCGAAGGGAUGCAGAGUAGCUUGACAGAUAAAAAGAAACUUGUUGGUGCCUGUCUUGAUCUUUUUUCUUGUGGUCUUGGAUUAUGUAAUCAGCAUGAACUGGUCAUGCCUUGUGGAUCGACAUCAUUCAAGUUCCAUUUAAAAUGUGCUCUGUUGCUUAAUAAUUAUUAUUUCUAUUUAUUAAGCAUUUGCCUGAUGAACUGUGUCUCUUGUUCUUCAACAUUGCAGCAAUACACUCUGGAAGAUGAUGUUGUUGCUCCCCAUGAAAGCUGGUGUAUGGAGGUACUAACUUAUCCAACCCAGAAGUGUACCAGAAAAACACGGUGUACUGUUAGGGAUUUUAUCUGAUUCAAUGGAAUAGAUUGUCAGAGAAUUUGAAUCGACUAACAUGGAUACUAUUUCAGAUCACUAUGAUAGAAGGAGAGUUGUGGAAGUAGACUUGCAUUUUGAUUUUCUAUAUUGUCAGGAAAAAGGAAUUUUGAUAGCUGAUUGUUCGCAUCUCAGUUGAAUUUUUGGUGAUCCGAGUAACUAUUUAACAGGAUGUUUUACAUCAAGUCUUCCAAUAUUGUAAGCAGAUUUUUAGCUUUGUACUGCUUUAGUUUUAGCAUAAUUGUGCUUCA